AUGGCGACCAUCAUUUCCGUCUUCCAGAAGUAUUCGGGGCGAGAAGGCGACAAGCACAAGCUGAAGAAGAGCGAGCUGAAGGAUCUGCUCCACGACGAGCUGCCGGAGCUGAUGGGGGUGAGAAACAGAAACGCGUAAAGAGGUUAAAGGACAGAAAAGAGAUUGAGGGAAUUAAAACAUCCAGGGAAGUUUACACCAAGUUUGAAUAAAAAGAAAUGAGGAAAAAAUGAAGAUACAGCUUAUUCCAACAAGAUUCAAAGUUUUAUACCCACAAUUGUAAGAUAUGAUCUUGAGCACAGGUGAUCAUUUCCAUGCUAAAGAUGAUAACUAAGAACUUGUGUGCACAAUAAAAAGUGAUCACCCUGCUGAUAUAUUGUGAGCACACCAAAGUUACUUGUUCCAACUUUUACAGUUAUCUGUUGCAAACACACACACACACACACAAAAUAAAAAAUAAAAAAACGAUCCAGUUUGAGCACACAAAUAAUUAUUCUGUGCCUAGAAGAUCAUCAUUUAGAUGACUCUUGGAGGUUUUGGAUUGCUUUUUGUUGUGAAUUUAAGUCAAGGUGAGCAUGUCUGCUUUGUGAUUAAAAAAAAAAGUCUGGUGGUUUUCUAAAAAGUUUGAGUCAAAGUUUUUCAGUACCAGAAGUGAUCAGAGUUGUUGGAGAUGAAGUACUUCAGUCAAUGUUUGGAGUCUGUUGUCGUCUUUUUUUCACGUUAACCCCGUUAUUCAUCGCCCUGACGUCCUGUAAAUGUCCUGAUGUGAACCCUCUCCCCCCCUACAGCAUGUGAAAGACCAGAGCACACUCGACAGUCUGAUGGAGAGCCUCGACUCGGACGGUGACGCCGAGUGUGACUUCCAGGAGUUCAUGACAUUCAUCUCCGUGGUUACUGUCUGUUGCCACGAGUUCUUCGAGCACGAGGACGAGUAAAGAGGAGGCGGAGGGGGAGCUACGGUAAAUUAAGGAGGAGAAGAAGAAGCAGAGGAAGCCUAGCAACGCACAAACUGACGGUGCCUUCAGAGCAGUGGAGCAGGGUGGGAAAAUACAACACCGGCCAGCAGCCAAAAUGUUAGAGAUGGCUGAAAACAGCUCAGUCUAGUGGUAACUUUAGCUCAAAAGCAAACUCCUUUAAGACUCCUGCUAUUGUCAACUGAGUUUUAAAGAAAUAGAUAGUUUGAAAAAGAGUUUGGUGAAAGAGCAGCGUCAUUUACAGACUUCAGAGUUAAAAAAAAAAAAAUCUGCUUAGAGGCAUAGAGGCACCUGUGUUCGAUAAAGCGACCUUAACCAUCAGAUAUUUAGAGUUAAACUAUAACUUUAAGUUCAUCUACUCUACAUUAAAUAAUCUUUUAAAGCUUAGUUUUCAACUUUAAUUCACUUCUCAACAUUUAGGUUUAGCUAUGAAGAAGUACGAGCAUUUUAGAUUAGGAGUCAAGGAGCAACUCAGAGGCCCCUUAUUACCUGUUUGUAAAAAUUAAAAAGAGUUUAAAAAGAGCUGAAUUUAAAUCAAUCUGUAAAUGAUGUAAAAAAUGAUGCAAACAGAUAAUCAAUCAGCGGUCAUAGCUCUUCAGUUCACAGUAAACUAAGUCACAUAAAUGACAUUUAAAUUUUCCUCACUGAUGUAUAAAAUUACGGGGAGUUUUUUUUCUUCUUUAUCAUAAGGAGGGUUUACAGCUCGAUUUCAGGUGACUGGGGUGUCCCAACUGAGACAGCUGGGACAGUGGGUGGCCAGAGCUUCAUACCAACAGAAUCGAAUAACAUUUACCGGCAUCCAUCUCCUCCAUCGACACAGACAACAACUGUUCAUGUGUAAUACAGCUCUUCCUGCAGUUUUAACUCUCUCAAAAGAAACUAAUUAAGUUUUGCGGGGGACACCCCCUUUGGGCGUGUCCACAGAGACACCUCUUGCCGUCUCUUUGGACACGCCCCGGCUUCAUGAUACAGCUCACAAAACUUAAUUUCGCUCUUUAAAAACCUCAGUUUAGCUACUGUCCGAAGCCCCGCCCUCUUUAGCUCUCCUGAAGCCUCCUCCACUGUUGGCAUGUAACAGUCAUCCUCAAUGAGCUGAAGUGUGUUUCUAGGUUGUUUUGUUUUUGCCAAUCAAUCUGGUUUCUGUCACUAUUUUCAAAUGAAAUUUAGAUUGUAUGUUUUGAAACAGUCAGAUAAUCACUGUAGACUUUGUAGACUUAUGGUCGACUUCAGAGCCCAUUUUGAUAGAAAACCAACACCUCAAAGGCGUCUUGUGAAGAGUUUUGUUGACGAUCAAAUAUUAGGUGUGAUUUUAAAUUGGUUCUGAUUUUUAAAAAAAAAUUAAAUCAUUGGAUUGGCUAAAAAAGUCUCUUUAGUUUUCCUUUUCCUUUAGCUGCUAGUUCUGCAGAAAAACAAUCUCAGACUGGAGUAAUGAUGUCAAAUUAAAGUCUGGCUGUUGGAUUUUCGUCAUGUUUGUUUGUUUGUCUUCCAUGUGUUACUUUGAUUUUAACGUUUAGAUUAAAUGUCAGACAAGUUCUUUAUUUUUAGCUUGUUUUCUCUUUUAAAUACUUAAUUUCCUCCAUAUUCAGACUAAAUGUUAUCAACAGUUCUUCAAGUCCUGAUAUAUUUCAAACAUGUAGCUCGGUGCUGAAAUAAUCAUUAAGCUUUAGGACUGAGCAGUUAUCUUUGUUAGAGUUUAGCAAUAUAAUCCAGUCUGUUAGAGUACGAGAAGAAAAUCAAAAUUUAAAGUCAGUCACUUUUUUCUUCAUGCAAAUAAAAUUUAAGAAAUGUGUAAAAAUGUUCCUCACAGCGCUCAGUAAAGAGGAGUUUGUUUAAUUCUGUGUACUUUGAAAUGCCAGUGACGAGAUUUUGGAUGUUGGUGAUGUGAAAUUCAAUAAAAUGUUAAUGUGGGAACCUGAGUUUGUUUUGAAAAGGACAAGCAAAUGCAUGAAAAAAGAUCUUCUACCUUUACUUUAGUAUCCUCUGCAAGCUUCAAACUUGAACUUCCUGAGGAUUCCUGAGAGUUUAUAAAUCCAACUUAUAAAAGCCAAUAAUUAAGAUAAGAUGUUCCUUUAAUAGUCUCACAGGGGGAAAUUCCAAAUCAUCAAAAGACUUUAUCAGAAAUGCUUCUCGAUUCUAAAGCAUUCUGGGAAACGUAGGAAACCACGUGCAGAAGUCCAAACUCUUGCAAAAUACUGAACUUGACCUACAUUAGCUAAGAGGCUGAGAGAUUAUUCAGCACAGUAAGUGUACACACACAUACACACACACGAUCAUCGUGUGUGUGUGUGUGUGUGUGUGUGAUUGUGUGUGUUAACAGAUGAUGUAAGAGGCGUUGUCAGCUGCACAGUUUCGGACAUCUGCAGACUGUUUAACAUCAGAGAGGCGGAGCCUGCGUCUUGAUUGGCCAGAUAGGGAACAGAUCCCGACCCAGGGGACUGACACCACACCCAUCUGAGUAUGUGUGUUUGUGUGCAUGUGUGUGUGUGUGUAUUGUGGGUGUGUGAGAGUUGUUCAGCAUAUGCUCUGUUGUGUUUCUUCUUCUUCUUGAAAGUGAAUGAAGAGCAGCUUGCACAAACGUAGAAGUGGUGAGUUUUUGGGGUUGUUUCUUUCCCGAUGAUCAUCGGCAUUCGAGUCUUGUUUUGUUGAAUUUUUGAAUAUUUCCAUUGAUUAUUUAUGAGCGACAGCUUUUGCAGUUUGUGUUCACUUUGUCACAUGAAGUAAUCCCUCAGAAAUCUGCAGGUGAAGUCAUGCAUCCUGCUGGAUACUCUGUAUGUUCUUUGUUUUAUCUGCUCUUUCAUGUUGUAUGUGUUUAAAUAACUUCUGCAGCGUUAACUUCCUCAGACCAGGGAGAGAAUUUCAGUUAAGAGUAAAAAACAGUAUCAUUUUCAGGACUGUUUGGUGAGAACAGAAGAAAAAAAAAGCUUUAAAAUAUAUUAAUGAUCUUCAGUCUAAAGAAAGUUGCUCCUAAGUGUCUGAGAUGAACUCUGACUCUUCAAAUCGUGUUUUUGGAGUCUGGUCUUUACGCAUAAUCUUUGAAAAACAACCAAAAAAGGAGAUGCAAUAUUCCUAAAUUGUUUAGCAAAUAACAAACUUAACUUCAAUACACAAAACUUGAGAGCAUGAAAACAUGUUCAGGUACAUUUGGCUCCAUUUAGCGCCUAAAUCCUGUGGAACUGCAUCACUUUGGGUUUAAAGUUUAAAGGUGCAAUGCGCGGUAUUUAGGGUAAUUUUCAGAACAGACUUGUUAGAAGUGGAAUAUUUAAAAGUCUGUUUAAGUUAUUGUACUACCCUCUAAAUAGAUUUAAAAAAUGUUGUUUUUAUUUAUAACAAGAUUUUUAUAUCUACAAAGGACCGGGUCCCCUUCCAUUUUGCAUGUUUCUGGACAAACUAGCAACAAACACUUUUUGUUAUUUACUGAGCAGCUGCAUGAAAUGCAUGGGUUGGAAGAAGAAGAGAGGGUUGUUCCUCUAGUCUAGUCCUUUUAGAUAUCACUUAAUAUUCCCAUUUCUACACACUGUACCUUUAAGCCAUCACCCUCAUUUUCUGCAGCAAAUUUAUCAAAGUCUGCAGACAACGCUGCAAAAAAUCUGCAGUUUUAAAAAGGAAAGUCAAAAUAACGUUUUUAAAAACAAACGCGUUUUAAAUCUUUCCAUGCUCUGCCAUAAUUUGUUCAAUUUCUUCACAGUUUUCAGCACAGCCGGACGCCAUCAUGGAUGUUUUUGUGACCAGUGUCCCUCCAGGGACUGCAGCUCCAGCUCCUCCGCCCGGGGACAUCGUGACGAAGGGUGGGAAAAGAUAAAACUCAAGUCUGCAAACUCUUAAGUGUGAAUUAAGGGGUUAAACACUAACAGAGGGAGCUUAACUAAAGUUGGACUCAUCAUUACAAACUCAGAUGCUGACUUGAACUUAAAGUAGCUUAAACUAAAUCUUUAGUAUGCUACAAGCUGACACAGUUAUAAUCUUAUUUCUACAAUAUUUCCAAAUGGAUAUUGUGCUUUAAACUGCCUGUGUAUAUAUUUUACAGGAUUAGAUACGCACAGUUUUAUACUGUGCUUUUUAGAGGGUUGUUUUGUCUUUACACAGUCAGCUAAAACUUUUGGUUUCAUCUUUUGCUUUUCACUAAAACAAAGACAAAGUUUUGAUUAAAUUCUAAAGUUUCAGAAAAAACAAACAAACAAAAAAAAAACCUGAAGAUCAGACUCAAAAAAAAAAAAAACUAAAAAAGGUCAAAAUCCCUCCAUUAACCUUCCAAAGACCACUUUGGUUGUCCUGGUGAGCCUUUGGAGGGGCCCCAGCCUCAUGUUGGGAACCUUUAGAGGAGGAAGAAUCCAGAUCGGCCCUUAAAAACGUCUGACAGCUUUUUAUACAAACAGAUCAGAGUCGGCUGUUGUCUUUGGCCUCGCCGUGGAAACGAGGUCCAGCCGGUAUCAGUGUGUCAGCUCUUAUCUCCACGGUGACAGACCCUGGAGGCGUCACACUCACAUACUCCUACCCAUGAUCCUCCCCUGAGUUGGGCUGAUAAGACACUCCCUGAACACAGUGAAAGUACUAAAAAUAAAGGGUGAAAACAUUUCUUUGAGCGCAGAAAAACUUGACUUUAGUGGGACAAAGUUUUAUUGGAGACAUUUACUCCAAAUUACACUUCAAGUUGACUUUGUCCCCAAGGUUUAAGCCCCGCCCCUCUGUGUCUGUCACCUCGUCUUUAAAAUAGAUCGAGGGUGUUUGAAUACUUCACAUGUUUGGAUUCAGCUGCUGUGUGUACUCUGUCUCACUUCAUGAUGAGAAGUGAACACACGGGCGUGUCGGCUGCAGACUGAAAAUGUCUGCAGCCUCACACAAUGAAAUUCAGUUUAAAUCCAUCAUUUUUUGACACUUUCCAACAUCUAAAUACAGAAUUUAGUCACAAAAAGAUCCUAAGAGUAUUAUUUACAUGAGUGACAUGUUUUCAAUGUUUACUUUACAGGUCCCAGCCCUGAUAACUCAGAUUUUGCAGCUGUAAUCGGAGGUGAGAAAUUAGAUUUCUUUCUUUAUUACAUUUAGUGAUGCAGCAUGUAAGUGUCAUGGUGUAUUCAGCUACGCAGACAUCUAGUUUUGCAACAUAAAUAUCCUAAUAUUAUACUGGUGUAACAGACAAAAUAAAAACUGGUUCGUUUUUGGUAUUUACAUUGACCCUGAGGGAUCAGCAGACCUCUAAAAUUCAGUGAGUGCAUACAGAAUAAAAAAUGAGACAGAACUCAGCUGUGCUGGUGUUUCUCCUCAGGUGUGGUCUCUGUGGUGGUGCUGCUCCUCAUCCUCACCAUCGCCCUGCUGCUGUGGUGUCUGUCUAGACAUAAAGGCUCAUACGUCACCAAUGAGAUGGAUGAAGAAGAUGAUGUGGAUGUGGAUGAAGAUGAGGAUGAGUCUGUGGGCUCUGACACUGCGCUCCAAAGUAAGGAACCUCUGAAGACCAAAGAAGAAGAAUAA